GAGGCAACCCUGAUCCUGCUUUUUUUUUCUGUGAAGCAAAAAUAUCUUUGGAUGGGACAAAUAUGGAAUAAGUUAGCACCAAAAAGACACCUCAGGAAGUGGAGUUCAUUGGUUCCUCCAUCUCACAGGUAACAGUGAUAACGGAGGAGAAAAAGGAUCAGACAGGUGCAUCUCCAACAGCCAACAAACAGGAGAAAGGAAGGUGCAGGGUUAGAUGUUGACUGCUCUCUACAGUGAGAGGAGAGGCCUGAACUUGGCUGUGCAGCUAGAGUAGGAAUGAGGCACAUUGUUUGACUGGAAGCUGGAUGAACAUUGCAAGCCCUGACCUCACUUGGCACCCAAAAUUGCUGGCCUGAGAGGCAGGGAUUUGUUGGUGCUGUUGUGAGCGCCCAGGAAGGAGGAAUCUAAACUGAGAGAGAGAGAAGAGGAAGAGCUAGGCAGUCAGACAGUGGCAUGUAGAGGUGGGUAAGAACACGCAAAGAGUCUGGGUGUCUGGGGCGAAUGUGCGGAGUAGUUAUCUGGUCUUGGCUGGUUGGCAGAUCCCGAAGUUUGCUCGGCUGACAGAUGAGGGUCCAGAAGGUGGUUAACAGGAUGAGGCCACGUGGCCCCGCAGGGAUUACAAGCAGCAAGAAGAAGGUAAAGGGAUUAGACUCAAAACAGAGCCUGCAUUUUUAACCUCGUCACUGUUGUCACACUGAAGGAAACUCCUGAGCCAAAACGCCAUCCGUUCGCCGUCCACCGUCUCCUCGCUCCCUCUGCUCGUCCACCCAUGCAGCCACCUCGGUUGUCUACAGGGACCCAGCGGCAUCCAGGAGCUAACUUGCUGCUGAAGAACUGAGCCAGAGCACAGAUAGGAGUGGACUGGACACCCUCCUUUGGUGCGCGCUAACAAGACCUCGUCGGCACAGAUGAGGAGACUGUUGCACACUCUGCUAAUGGACUCAAGAUAAAGAGGAUUUUUUUACUGUUGUUUGCAACAGUCUCUUUACAAAUGAUAACUUUGGGUUUGAAAACCACAUAAAUUAGCCCAUCAUGCUUUUGAAAUCAGGACUAUUCCUCACUUUGUGUCUGUUUACCCUCCAAGCAAGUCGAAUCAAAGACCUACAUGACCACGGUUUUUCUGGACUCAGGGAUGUGAAGUACCGACACUUUCUAGAAGCCUCCAGACCGAUCAGACACACCACAGAUGUCAGAGCGGAGCAGGACGGACACCGGACGAAGAGGUCGGCGAUCCACAGCACGGGGGUCCAAGUGUGUCCCCAGGAGACGAUUAAAGCAGUCAUCGGCAGCCAUCGGGCCUAUUACAAGCUCAGAGUUUGCCAGGAAGCGAUUUGGGAAGCGUUUCGGAUCUUCUUGGACAGAGUCCCAAACUCAGAGGAGUACAGCGCCUGGCUUUACACCUGCCAGCAUGAAAACCUCUGCAUGGACGACCUGGCCCAGAACUUUAGCAGCUCUCAGGAGCAUCUGGACUUGGUGGCCAGAAGAGUAGCUGAGUAUGGCGAAAUUGAAGGAGUUAUCGCUGUAACCACAGAGUCAGGAAGGGAUUGCACCUGGACACCCCCACUAUUUCUGCUACCAACGGAGGCUAAUGAGAUCCUAGAAGACCCCAACAUGAUCAAGGAGAACUAUGAGGAGUACAUAGUCGAGUUCAGCGUCACCAUCAUGGACCCGGAGUACGGCAAGCUGUUUAGUGACCCAGAAGCGCAGUACCAUGACAUCACACGAGAGCUCACAGACAGGAUGCGUCGUGUGUUCCAAAAAGUUCCAGGAUUCAAAGAGAUUCGUGUUGUGGGAUUUCGCUCAGAGGAUGUGUCCGUGCGUUACGCUGUGGUCUUUAACGGAGAAACGCAGCUCAACGAUGACCCUGAAGGUCUUGAGGAGCCUGAGACGGACCAGGAUGUGAAUGGUCCUAAGCUGAAGCACAUCAUCACAAAGGCCUUAAAACCGCUGGACAUACAGACGCUCAGCUUUGAGGCUGUAACCACAGUGUAUCCAGUUGCAGAGCUCGGCAUAAACCCCGUUGAGGGCAUUGUAUCAGGCGAUGGCGUUGUAUCAGGGGACGGCGUUGUAUCCGGGGACAACGCCGUAUCCGGGGACAGCGCCGUAUCCGGGGACAGCGCCGUAUCCGGGGACAGCACCGUAUCCGGGGACGACGCCACACAGGCGCCCGCAGCGGACAAUGCUCCCACCCAAAGUUUCUUGGCAGUGAUAGAAAACUAUUUGGAAGCUUCUACAAUCAAACCAGAAACACACACCUUUGUGCCUUUUAUCCCAAACAUCGUCCCAGAAAGCAUUUCUGCCGUCACUGAUGAGACUCCUUUAAUAUCAGGAGUAGGGGAGGAAUCAUCAGAAGAUGCUGCUGAGGGGACCGGUGACAUUACAUCAUCAGACACAACACUGGAAACUAUCACAGAGCAGGAGGAGGAAGCAGAGCCAGAGGUGGAGGAGAUACCACCGACUGAGCAUGACGACGGAGGUGAGGCUGAACCCGAAGAACAGGUGACAGACGAACCUGAACCAGCUGAUGUGGUCAGUGGGGAACAUCCAGAGCAUCAGAAUGAGGACCUUCCCUUAGCAACUCCAGACUUCCAACCAGAAGAAGUUAUCACGGAUACACCUAAUCCACCUGUUGAAGUUAAUCUGGACCUGCCAGAGUCUACAGAUCCCCGAGUUACUGAGAUACCCGUCAUGGAAGCAGCAGUCCCAGUCUCUACACUAUCAUCUCAUGAGGAUGAUCUCCAAGGCAUUGAACCAGAAACAGAUGUGGAGUCUUUGCCAUCCCCUGCAGAGAGCGGCGAAGCCCCCGAGGAGAGAGAUGAGUCUAGCGGAGGGCAUAGUGGAGCGACCCCGGUCUCAACAGACCCGCCUCCUGAGAGCUCAAACGUUGAAAACGAUGUAGGAUCAAGUCAGAACGGGAUGGAGAUGGAGCCGGAAGUGACCGAAAUUCUGGAAGUAGAGAGCGGUAGUGGAUUCCCCUCCGAGUCGGACGAACGCCCGUACGAAUCCACGGCUGCACCGGCCAUGAGACAAGUCAGCACCCCUCUGAUAACCGCCGUGGAUAAGGGCAAAGAGUUAGUGGUUUUCUUUAGCUUGAGGGUCACUAACAUGAUGUUUUCUGAUGGCCUGUUCAACAAGAGCUCCUCAGAGUAUAAAUCACUGGAGAAUACCUUUCUUGAGCUGACACAGCACUCUGGGUCCAGAAACUCGCCAAACCCUGGAGCUUCCAGUAAAUCUGGGCCUGGGAGACAGAAGACUUUAGCCUCCAUACCGCUUCUGCCAUAUCUGCAAUCCAAUUUAACCGGAUUUAAGCAGCUGGAAAUCCUCAACUUCAGGAACGGCAGCGUCGUGGUGAACAGCAAGAUGAAACUGGACAAACCGGUACCUUAUAACGUCACAGAAGCUGUCCACUGUGUGCUCGAAGACUUCUGCAGCGCGGCGUCUAAACGGCUCGACAUCGAGAUUGACAGUCGCUCCUUGGAGGUGGAACCAGCUGACCAAGCAGACCCCUGUAAGUUCCUGGCCUGCAACGAGUUUUCCCGCUGCGUCGUAAACAGUUGGACCGAAGAGGCAGAGUGUCUGUGCGAUCCGGGCUACAGCAUCGUGGACGGCCUGCCGUGUCAGAGCACCUGCGUCCUGCAGCCGGACUACUGCCUGAAUGGAGGCCUGUGUGAAAUAAUCCCAGGGCAUGGAGCCACCUGCAGGUGCCCUGUAGGUAAAUACUGGCACUACCACGGAGAGCGCUGCAACGAGCUGGUGUCGAUGCCGAUAGACCCUCCGCUAAUUAUAACCUGCCUCGUGGGAAGCCUCUGCUUUGUUUGUGCCGUCAUCGGCAUUUUGAUAUUCAUUAACAAGAAAUGUAUAAAGACCAGAAAGGCUGUAACUUUGGUGCCAUCCCUUGCUCCCUGUGCCUUUGACAAUUCUUUGAGGGUGAACCCUUUAUUUGAGAACGAUGAUGGUGUCUUAACUCAAGUGGCCACAUUGCCAUAUCCAUCAAGUUCUACUUCUUCCCAAUCCCAGCAGUCUUCUGAACAGGAACAUUUUGCCUCAAUUGAAAACAUACAUCUGAGUAUUGAGAUCCCCAGCCGACUCUACACAACAAGAUCAGAAAAGUUAGUCUCAGAGAUGGUGGACUUCCAUCACUGUAUACCAAACAAUGAGACAUGGCGACCGCCGAAUGAAUACGGAGCAUGCUGUCUUUUAAGGGCCUCGGAUAACGAAUGUUUUGAAGUAACAGUUCUUUGAUGGCACCUCGUUCGUCUGAGGAGAAGCCAACACAACGAGACACGAGGUAGCUGAGUUGCUGUUUAACUGUAUAUGGGAUGCUAUGCUGCAGAUGGUAGACACAGUGAAAUGGUGUUAAAAGUGUUGAGAUUAAUUGUUCAUAGUGAUCUUGUUAGACGGAGAGCUAUGGAUGUUAAAGCGGAACCUAAUAUUUAUUCUAUAUAUUGAAUGGUAGGAACAUUUCCUGUAUACCCUUGGCAAAGGUUGUUCUUUCCUCACAAUGAGGUAUUUAUUAUUUACAAACUGAUACACUAUGGUGGUAUCUUUACGUUUAGUCUGUACAUGCCAUACUUUACCGUUGUUGUGUCCCAAAAAGAGAAUGAAUGUAUAAGCUGUUGACUUGGGUCAUGACAUGUUGUUUGUAGCAGUGGUUCCCAACCUAAGGUCCGGGCGCCAAAGAUCACAGUUCGUGCGCCAGGAUUUGUCUGCUCUGAGUUUGUCAAAAUUAGAUUUGCUCAUGUAUAACUAAAAUAAUCAU